CUUCAUAUAGCCGUCCACAGUGGACAUGAAAGCAUCGUUGAUGUCCUACUUAACGAGGGCGAAGACAUCAACGAGCAAAAUGCCAACGGCAGUCCAGCACUGAACGUCGCCGUGUUGGAGCGUCGAGAUGCCAAUUUACAGAUGCUACUUGAGAAAGAGGCGCGACUCGACAUUGCGGAUGUCAUGGGUCAAACUCCUGCACAUUCAGCA